AAUAUAUGCAUCAUAUAUAUACACUAUGUGGCAAGCUCAGUACUAGCUAGCAGUAAAAAUAUUUUGCCAAUGUAGGUGUUGUGAUUAGCUAGAUGAUAGUAUAUCUAUAAAAUAAUUAAGAUAAUAUAGCUAGAAAUAGUAGGUUUGUGUACUCUACAAGGUAUUUUCAAAUUGGUAAUCCCAAAAACUUAAUUCAGAAUGAACAAAGAAAAUAAGAAGGUACAAACUACACCAAAGAAGUUAUAUGUACGAAAAGAAUACGAUGAAUGUCAUUGCUGGGUAUGUGCCAAAGCCUUCCAAAAAAAGCAUAUGGUGAAUAUAUUUUCAAAUAAAGCAAAAGAAAAACAAUAGCAACAAAAAAUUAUUAGAACAUGUGGACUUGAUAUUACACAAGAGGAUUUUUUAACAAAGUUAAUAUGUAGAAACUGUCACACGUUUAUAAAUAAAAUGUGGGAAUUUCGAAGGUCAUGUCAAACUAAUCAAAUCGAGCUCCGACAAAAAGUUUCCAUUAAGCGGCUGAACACUUUUUCACCCAGGAAAGACCAGGACAAAAAAAAAGGUGUUAUUGGACACUACACAUUGUUUAAAUCAACCAAGAAAGGUUACAAAUGUCUGUUUCUGACAAUAAAUCUGAAGAAAAAUCAAACAACAAUAUAGCAACACAGAAUAUUUACAACAACACAUCAACAAUAAAUAUUAAAUCUGUAUAUAAUAAAGACAGUGACAAACUUUCAUCUGAACCUUUUAAUAUAUAUCAGCAAAAUGCCAUUGAGAGAGCAAUCCAUACCAAUCAGCCAUCUGCUUUAUCACAUGUUAUCACACAAGUACUGCAAAUGAAUAUAUUACUCAAAAAGGACAUAACAACUAAAAUCAAUAAUGCUGGCAAGAAACUGUGUAAAAGGAAAGGCAACUCAUCUGUAUUACUUAGUAAGGAUUAUACACAGUUGUCAAGCCAUACAACAGAUGAAUUGUGGAAGGAAUUAAGUGGUAAUUUUCCUUUUGUUGUUGACAUUUUCAAUACUUUGUCAGGUAAAUCAUGUGAUAUUGCUGACUCUCUGAAUGAGCUAAAAAUACAGUAUUGUUUUUUAUAUGCAAUCUUGAUGAAAAACAGAUGGCAUGAACUCAGUUUAAUUCAGAGAAUCAAUAGUGUUUUGCUGAUUGAAGGUGGAUGCAGCAAACAGCUGCAAAUCCGACUAAACAAGCUUGGCAUUUGUUUGUCUCCUUCAAAAAAGACCAAUGACUCCAAUGUUGAUGGAGGACUUAUGUGAAUAAUAUUAGAUAUAUUUGGAGCAUCAACACCCAUACCUAGAGCAGUUGUAGCAAAUACUGCUCUAAUUCGUGAAUCUGACUUCUUUAACUCCUUCAAUAUAUCCUCUUUCAUUUGUGUAGUACAAGAAGCAUGAAACUGUGCAAACAAUCUUGCUCUAGGACAAAUAUUGUCACCAACAUAAUGAUUUCUUAUAACAUUUUCAAAUAAAUUGUACCCAUACCCACAAUAUCUUAAAUGCAUGUAAAUUAUUGUCAUGGGAUAGUGUUCUCUUUGCACGUUUAAUUUUUCAGCCAACGGUUUGAGAAUAACUUCAAAUCCUUCAAACUCAAGUUAGAGUUUGGGCGUCUUUGUAUGUUUAAAUACACAUUUUUUCGAUUUGGCGAUACAGCAAUGACUUUAUACGUAAUAAGGGCGAGCGAUUUAAUCAAAUAUUCUACAGUGUCUGAUGUAGCAGUAGCGGUUAGAGCCAAUGUAACAGCAUCCGGGAAAAGUGCCACUAAAAAUUUUUCGGAAAUCCCCACCCAUAUAAAUCAAAUAAAGCACAUUCAAAUUUUAUAUUUUUUGAAGAUACACAUUAUAUAUAAUAUAUGUUAUUUUAUGUAGCAAUAUACAAAGUUUUAAAUUUAUGAAUAUACUUGAACGGCAUAGUUUUAUUUAUAAUAUAUUGUAUGUAUGUAUGUAGUUUUAAGUAGAGAGAGAAAAAAUAUUUUGUUUAUAUAUAAUAAUUAAAAAUACACACUGGAAGCUUGAGUUCACCAGUGACAAAGUCAGGGUAGGCGAAUUGAUUCGUGAAGUGGAGACAACAUCC